CGAGAACAAAGCAAAGAGAUGUUGGAUCCAUGCUUAUAAUACUGCCGAUUUGCUCUUCCACUGAAAUUCUAUGAAUAUAUCCUCUCCCUCUCUUUCACCCUCUCGCUAGAACCAACCAAAAUCACCCUCCCUGGCACAGGAAACAACGGAACUGUGUUAAAACAAACCACAGCCAUGGCAGCAACCGCGGGUUCCCGCUCCCCCUCCCCAACACCGAGCAAACUCCCACCCGUCCCUGUCUCGCCCACGUACUCCUACGCCUCCACCGCGAACCCCAUCUCCGCCUACAACCUUCCCGCCCCCCCGCCCCCCCAGCGCCACCACGCAGUCCUCACCAAGAACGACCUCGAGCUCUCCCAGUCGGCCUACUCCGAGCUCCUCACCACCGCCAAACAGUACCGACACGCGCUCGCCGAGCUCUCUAAAUGCGCCUCCCAGUUCGGCAGCGCGCUCGAAUCCUGCGCGCGCCUGAAGGAGGCCCGGAGUGAGACACUACACAUCAACGGUGGUAGUCUGGGCAAUAGCAUCACGGCGCAGGGGACGUGCACGGCGGAUAACUUGAUGGCGGCGAGCGGGAUCCAUCAGCUGGUGGCGAACCACCAGCAGAUCCUAUCAGAGACGGUAUACCGCAGCUUCGAAGUGCCGCUACUGCACGAGCUAGAUGGGUGGCGGCGGAGCAUGGAGGAGGAGGAGCUGGCGUACCAGCGGGAGGUGAAGGAGCGGAGCCGGGAGAUCAGGCGGAUGGAGAAGGAGGGGCUGAAGCUGCACAAACAGCGUAAACGCGAUGUGGCGCGCUUCCGUGGGCACUUGGUGGAUCUGACGACGCGGCUGGAUGAGUUGACGGCGGUGCAUGCGGGACACUCGAGGGCGCUGUUGAGGGAUAGUCAGGAGGCGAGCGUGAAGAUUGUGGAGGCGAGUUCGUCACUAGUGAGGGCGGAGGUGGAUAUCUAUGAGUCGCUGGCGCGGAAGGGUUGGUCGGGUGGAGGGCUGGAUGAGCUGCUGGAUAAGGGGGUUGAUCUCUUCGCCAACGAUCUCGAUGGGAAUCACGGUAAUGGGACGAAGUUAUUCAGUAUCCUCCCGCAGAAGAGCAUUCUUGCCGAAGCGAACGCUGAUCGUCCGCACCAUCGUCGUGGCGACAGCAUGUUGGUAGAGGGCGAGCAGUAUCAGAGUCUUGCGGGGGCGGUGACAGGAGACCGAGACGAGGCGGCGAGUAUAUUCUCCCAGCGGACGACGACAGAGGGUCAUUUUAAUAAGUCGAGAGGGGUGCGCCCGUUUUCACCGCCGCCGCCGGUGAGGAGGUUGGGUGCUCAGGAGGAGGGGGCGAGGAUGCCGUUGAUGGAGGAGGAGGGGGUACCAGAAGGUGGGGAGAAUCCGAUUGUAGCCGGUGAAGGUGAGGCUGAAGGGGAGGAAGAUGUUACGGUGACAAUACGAGAGGAGAGGGGAAGGGAGAGGAGCUGGAGCGUUACGGAUGAUGGAGUGUUGUCUGAAUAG